AUGCGGCGUUUUGGCAUAAUUUCUUUGCGGCAAAUCAAUGCAGUACGCUUUGUGACGCCCCAAUUUUUGAAAACUAUUCCUAAGCUGCGAAAUAUUGGUAUCAGUGCCCAUAUUGAUAGUGGCAAAACGACGCUAACGGAACGCAUAUUAUAUUAUACUGGUAGAAUUGGUAAAAUUCACGAAGUAAAAGGGGGAACAGAGGUUGGAGCAACUAUGGACUCUAUGGAGCUUGAAAAAGAACGAGGGAUUACUAUUCGUUCCGCAGCAACCCAUUGUCAGUGGAAAGACCAUUUUAUUAAUGUUAUUGACACUCCUGGACAUGUGGAUUUCACCAUAGAGGUUGAAAGAGCACUGAGAGUUCUUGAUGGGGCUAUUAUGCUUAUGUGUGGUGUUGGAGGUGUUCAAAGUCAAACGCUUACAGUGGAUCGACAAAUGAGACGAUAUGCUCUGCCGCGCAUUUGUUUUAUUAAUAAACUUGAUCGUGACAAUGCAAAUCCUCAGCGGGCACUUCAGAUGGCAAAGGAACGUCUAGGUAUAAAUGCUGCUUUUAUUCAGCUAAAUAUGGGGAUAGCGCAAGAUUUUGAAGGUGUUGUCGAUGUUAUUGAAGGUCGUGCUGUAUAUUUUGAGGGUGUCAAUGGAGAAAAAGUCAGGUUUGAUGAAGUUCCUGUAUACCUCAAGGAUGACUUGGAGGCAGCAAGAAAAGAACUUAUUGCGAAACUUGCUGAAUGUGACAGUGAAAUGGAGGAAAUUUUUCUUAAUGACCAGGAACCAACUUCGGAAAUGAUUCAUGCAGCUAUUCGACGUGCGACGCUGGCCAAUAAAUUUGUACCUGUGUUGCUGGGUUCUGCUUAUCGAAACAAAGGUGUACAACUUCUUCUUGAUGCAGUUUGCCGGUAUCUUCCGUCUCCUAUGGAUAGGAAAAAUACUGGUUAUGUGCUGAAAAAGGUGAAAGAUGAAGAGGGAAAUGUUUCUAAUGUUAAAGGAGAUAAGAUUGACUUGUUGAUGGACGAUGAAAAACCACUCGUGGCAUUUUUGUUUAAGCUAGAAGAAACCAAGAAAAAUGGUCUUUCAAAUUAUGUUCGCGUUUAUCAAGGGAAAAUGCGGAAGGAGCACCUUUUAAACGUUCGAACUGGUAAGACCUUUUUGCCUUCAAAGCUUGUUCGAAUGCAUGCUGAUUCCGCUGAGCAGGUGGAUGAGGCAAAGGCCGGGGACAUUUGUGCAAUUCAAGGGGAAAUCGAUGCAUCAUCAGGGGAUACAAUUAUGAGAGCAGGUCCAAAAAGUGGAGUGCUGCUCUCUUGUGAAGAUAUGUAUAUCCCUCCGAGAGUUAUUUCUUCUUCUAUCAAGGUGAAAGACGAUAGGGAUUUGAACAGGUUGCGUGACCGUAUGGGUGCAUUUAUGCGUGAGGAUCCCACUUUUUCCUUUUAUCGUAAUACUGAAACCAAUGAAGACAUUCUGGAAGGUAUGGGAGAGCUGCAUCUUGAUAUUUAUGUUGAGCGCUUGAAACGUGAGUAUGGUCUAGAGGUUGAGCUUGGAAAACCUACAGUCAACUAUCGAGAAGUGAUCACAGAAAGAAAAGAGUUUGAUUUUGUUUUUAAGCGACAAAGCGGUGGCGCGGGCCAGUGGGCACAAUUAAAAGGUUUUAUUGAUGUUCUCCCUAUUAAUAUGUCAGCGGAGAAAGGCGUGAAGAACAAAGUUACUGUAAGUUGUUCUAAUGGUGAUAUCCGUGAAUCCCUUCAGAAGUCUGUCAUCAAACAAUUGGAGCGCAAAAUCUUUGUAAAGGGUGAAUUGAUGGGAGCACCAGUGUGGGGAGUACACUUUCAUCUUGGUGGUGGUGCUAUGCAUGAAGUCGAUUCAACUGACAUGGCCUUUAAAAAUGCGACACAAGAAUUGUGGGAAACACUCUUGCCCCAGCUUAAACCUACGCUGGUAGAGCCAUACAUGGAUGUAGAAAUCACAGUUCCAGCGCAGUGUAUGACUGAGGUGGCAACCGAAUUUGCAAAGCGGGAAGGUAUUGUUACGGAAACCACUGUCAAUGGAGUAGAUGCGGUGAUUCGUGGAGAGACGGCGCUAGACACAAUGUUUGGCUUUAUCUCCGAUCUUCGGCGUCUCACAAAGGGGCAGGGAGACUUUGGGAUGCAGUUCAAAGAAUACCGGCCUAUGCAACCGUACAAGGCCCAAGUCCGCAUGGACGAGCGCAACAAGGAAGUUGGUCGCAAGUUGUACAAACUUAGUGGGGAAUGA